AAAAUUCCAAAUUAAAUCAAAAUUUGAAUAAAAAAUAAUUAAAAAAAUAUUUAGAACGGCUAACCGGUCCGCCAAAAAUCCGCAAUACUGGACUUUUAUAAGGAACGAAUUUUUGACCAGCGUCGUCAGUAGUGAAUUCUGCUUAGCAAAAUGAAGUUCCUUUUGUGCCUCGCUUUUGUAGCUGUAGCCUAUGCAGCAAACGAUGCAAAACCAAAACGUAGUCUUUUGUAUGAUACAUCUUACUUAGCUCCUGGUCUUAGCACUUACGUAAGCCCAGCUCAGGCUCAGACUCAUGAAUACCGCACCAUCAACCAACACGUAGGAGUAAUCGUACCUCAACCUUACCCAGUAACAAUCGAGAAGAAAGUUGCUCAACCAGUUCCAUAUGCAGUUGAAGUACCAAAACCAUACGCCGUACCCGUUCAAGUGAAUGUUCCGGUUGAAGUGCCAAGGGCAGUACCAAUUAAUGUAAUCCAACCAGUACCUGUCCACGUAAAAGAACAUGUACCUGUAGAAGUACCAAAGCCUUACGCUGUCGAAGUUACAAAGGCUGUACCUGUCGAAGUAGUGAAGCCUAUUUUAGUUAAGGAUAAACAACACGUCGCUGUAAAUGUUCCAGUCCCAUACGCCGUUGAAGUAAAUACUCCCGUAAAAGUAAAAGUACCAACUCCAGUCUAUGUAAAAGAACCUCAUUACGUUCACACAUACCAUACUUAUUCUUCUCUUCCUCAAGAGUGGAACUAUCUUGCUCCAGCCUUCUAAAUUAUGGAUAAAUGUGUAUUAUAAAUGAAGUGUUCAAAAGAAAAAAUGUUUGGAUGAAAUUAAUUUAUUUGUAUUAGGUUUGCAUGAGAUUUUCGGUAAUACCACUGUUUUAUAGAAAGUCUCAUGCAAUGUUUGAUGUACAUUUCAAUAAAACAAAAAAUGAUACAAA